AUUUCUUCUGUGAGAAAUUUGAUGGAUUUUGUGCAUCUUUUGAGGUUCAUCUUUAUCAAAUGAAUAGUUUUUGGUGCCAAAGCUCAAUUAGCCAAAUGUCUAAACUAAAAUUUACACUAAAAAAUCCAGCUUGCAAAAAAUUCUUCUAACAAAUCUAAGUAGCUUUAACAAUUAUUUAUUAGUAGUCAGUUUAUCAAGCUAGAAUACUCUGAACAUAUUUCUAACAGAAGUUGUUUUGAUGAACUUAAUUAGAUACUCAAGUAUUUGUUCAAAACUUGUUCAAAUGCAUGUUGUCCCAACUUUAUAUUUAGAGUCAUCUAAAUAAAUUUAUGUUGCACAAUGUUGUGGAAGUCCUCAGCAGGCAUUGAAGCUCGAAAAAAAAUUGUUAGUUAGCUGUCAUAUGAUUCAGAUUUUUCAUAAUUUUUUACUGAAUAUUUGCUGAUUAUCACUAUGUGUUUGAGAUUUGUGUGUUGAGGCAAGCAGUUUUAAGAAUAUAAUGCCCAUUUCAUGUAGAGGCUUUGAAAAUAAAAUGUAAAGAUGAAAGAAUGAGAUUCGUAUCCCCUUAUAUUGCUAAAUGCUAUAUCUUUAGUUGCUUCAAGAAUUUUUAAAAUCAAAAGAAUGUCUGUUACUCAUGAGAUGGUACUUGGAAGUCAAUGGUGCCCCACAACUGUUUGGUUCAAAAAAAAAUCUUCAAAAAAAUACUUUGGUCUGAUGUAUUGUGAUCAUCUUGCCACAAGAGGGGGCAGUAAAUGAAUGUGAUAAUAUGCGAAACUACAAGAUUUCUAGGCAUUGUUCAGCAAAAUAAAAAUUCUGUCAUUAUUUACCUUCAUGCUGUUUCAAAUAGACUGUCUCAGUCAUCAUUCAUUUUCAAUGUAUGGGAAAAAUAAGAUGCAAUGCAUGUUGACUGAGGAUAUCAAAUCUCUCCCAAGAAUCUCUUUUUGUGUUCCACAGGAGAAAGAAAGUUGUAGGGGUUUGGAAGUAAUCCAGCAGUGGUAGAGUUAAAUCUCCAAAUUACAUCACUGCUUUUGCACAUUCUGUCCAUCCACCCCUCCUCCUCAAUUCCCUCGCCCUCCCCCUUCUCAUUGUCUAUGAAAGGAGGGUCUUACCCUCCCCUGUCCAUUCAGCCGCUGGGUACUGGGACUGUGGUCCAGACCUCACCCUCAAGCCUGUCAUUAUAUUCACUUAGCAGCCACAAAGACCUGCAGCCCUUCACAGCCUCUGUGCACAGUUCUAUUGUGACUUAACACUUCACACCACUCUGAGAUGGAGCUUUUGGGUCUCCGACAGCCCUUCACCCAGUUUCAGGAGGAAAAGUACCAGAUGCUGGAGCUGAACCAACGUCUCGAAUCAUACUUGGGCCGUGUGAAGCUUCUGGAGGAGGAAAACAAGCUACUGCGAGAGGAGAUCCACACUCUCAAGAGCAGCAGGGACCCACCAGGCCAGCGCAAAGCUCAAGAGGAAGCUCUCAGCCAGGCCAGGAGGAUGAUGGAGGAGGCUUGGAGGAAGAAAGACCAUGUGGAGCUGGAAGUGGAGAACUUAAUGGAGGAUAUGGAGAUGGUGAGUAUUCAAAGACAGAAGGCGAAGACCGCAAAGGCUGAAGCACAGAGAAAACUUGUGGAGAGCAAGAAGGAGCUGGAAGAGGAGCGUAGGGCUCAGAUUUGGCUUAGAGAGAAGGUUGGACAGCUUGAGAAAGAUGUCUUGCUACAGAUGCAAGUCCACAAGGAGAACAUGGAAACUUUGCAGGUCUCUCUGAAACAGACAAAGCAAGUACUAAUGGCCCCACAGCACACUCAAACUAUCAGCAUCCCUGACCUGGGACAGGAGUACAGCCAAAGAGCAGCUCAAGCCUGGCAGGAGGCAACCAACAACUAUCAGAGACAGGUUGGAUGUCUGGAGGAAAGUCUGAACCAGGCCAAAGCUAACAUGGCAAAGAUUCACCAGGAGAAGAGAGAGAACCAGCAUCAGGUUCAGCAUCUGGCCAAGGAGCUCGAGAGUAUGAAGACUAAGAGGCAGAUGCUGGAGAAACAUGUAGUGCAGCAGAGAGAAGAACAGAAUCAGGAGCUUCAACAUCUUCAGGCCCAAGUAGAUGCUCUGGAGUUGGAGAAAGACAGCCUGGGGCAGCAGAUAGACAGCCUGAUGGUGGACAGACAAAAUCUGCUGCAGAUGAAGAUGUCUCUUGGACUGGAGGUGGCCACAUACAGAGCUUUGCUGGACAGCGAGGGCCUGAGAAUCGACAGACCAACAACAAACAAAACAACAAACUCUGCUUUCUUUUUAGAUGCACUCUCAAAGCCCAUUGGGACCCACCAAACCUUACAGACCACUGCUGCUUCCUGUCAUUUCAGCAAUACUGUGUCUACAAGUCACAGAUCAAUCACAUCUCGCACUCUGCUGACCAGUGCGACUCCAUCAUGGACCCCGACUCAAGGGACUCCACAGAAAACACCAACCAAAACCUCAGUGACAGAAAAGACAGGGGUUCAUAUCUCAGAGGAGUCUAAGAAAGCUGCUCAGGAGUCUGUGGAUCAUUUACAGGGAGAAAAAGUCCAUGAAGACAUGGCUCUUGCAUCAACUCUCCCCAAAACAGCUGCAGAACCAGAACCACAGCUCAAACCAGAAGAUAUCAAGGUGGAGGACGAACCAAAACAGUUCCAGGAAGCUCAGAUGGUUGAAUCUAAAACUGAUGAAUCUGCAUUGAUAAGUGUGUCAGCUGACCAACCAAAGAGCUUGUCCCAAACUCCAGAGACCGAAAGCUGGGCUGGUCCAUUCACAGAUCCUGCAAGAGUUUCAGAAGAAGGUAAGGAUGAGGACACUGAAGUGUCUGUCGAAAUUGCCCGGAUCUCACACGCACCUAAGGUUGCAUGGGAAGAAAAUAAAACCGUGACAGAGGAUGAAAAAGAUGAUACCUCUGAGAUAGAUGUAAGAUCAGAGAACAUCAGUGAAAGCCAUACAGUUGAAUAUGGAGAUAUGGAGAAUGAUACAUUAACAUCCAGUCCAAACACCAAUAUAUUGGCUUCAUCGUUCCUUGAGCAAGGAGCUUUAGGUGAUUUUGGCUGUCAGGAAGAAACAAUUGAAGAUCUGAUGAGGGUAGAUGAACAGGACAUUGUGAGCAAUAUUAGUGAGGAGGUGACAGAGCAAUUGAACAGUGAAACUGAUGCAGCGAUUGAUUCAAUCAAUAAGUGGGACAGACAGGAACCAGAGAUUGAGACAAAUGUGAUGAGCCCUGAGUCUGAGGUGGAGGAAGAGGGUGAAAUGAGUAUUGACACUGACAUAAAGGAUAAAGCAGAAGAUGAAAAUGUGACUGAAAGAGAAGAAGAGAUAGAAGUGAUUGAGAGAGACAUUUCUGUGCAGGAUGGAGGUGUAGAUUCUCCCAAGAACAUUGAUCUUCAGGAGAGUAUAGAGAAGACUGUACCACCAGCUGAAGCUCAUUCAGAUCAGGCAGUAAAUGAAGACCGUCCUUUACCUGAGGAAUCUGAGGGAGAAGAAGAGAACCGAGGUGAUGAAGACGACUCCCCAAACAUAUCAGCCUCAUGGAGAACUGAUCCUGGUGAGUGUGACAGCUACAGCCAGGAGAACACACUAGCAGACACUCGGCCCUUGAUCCGUUAUAAAAGUGAUGAGGAAACCGACGGGAAUGUGCAAGCCUCACACCUCAUUGGUGAGACCAGCAACAGUGAGGACGAAAGAGAAAGAGUGGAUGGAGGCCAUUGGAAUGAGAGUGCUACCAAACGCUUCAACACUAUGGGAUCUCACAGAAGAACCAGACAUGGAUGUCAUUGGAGAGAUGAUGACGGAAGAUGUUGUUUCUAAAGAAGAAACACGAGAUGAUGAUGAGAGGGCACACAUGACGCUUCAGAGUGUCUCUGGAGUCAAUGAAAGUUUGGAUGUGGAGAAAGAAAUGCCAAGAAUUGAGCUCAGGGGAAACCUGGAAGAAGAUAGUGGUGAUGAUGAUAUGAGAGAAAUGGGGAGAGAUGAAGAUCAUGAUGUCAAGGUUU